AGGCGUACAGGCGCCUAGACGGCGAUGGACUUAUACAGAAGGCCACCGCUCAGCGAUCACUUAUCUCUCGCUGUUCCUUGCCCCAGUGUCACUGUCUCACCACCUCUUGGGUUACCAUUGUCAACGCCGCGGUCCCAUCCCCUUAUCGGGACGCGUUGCCACCCGCGGCCAUCGGGCUUGGACAUCCCGUUUCCCCACCACCUCCUAAACCCAUUGCCACUGGAUCAAUCUCACUCACCCUCCUCUCAUUCAUUAUCCCACUAACGCCCACCGUACACUUCGCCUCUCCACUCCAUCGCCCAUACCAUUGUCUACCCGGCGUCCAGCAAGCCUGAACGCCAUGCCAAUUCCUCCACGCCCAAUCCCUAACCCUCACGCUCAACAGCGUCGCCACCCGCGUCGUCCCGGCGUCAAUCUGGCUGGGGGCGGUCAGAGCCUGAUCAGUGAGGGUCGAGCCGACGUCUCCAUCCUGCCCCGCGGUGCAAGCGCGCCCAACACGCUCUCCGGCGUUUUUGUUCGCCCCCGCUCCUUCUCCCCUCUGCACUCUCCGAUCAGUACCUCCCCCCUCCGUCACUCCCCACUCUCCUCAUCACCCAUGCGCACCCCACCGCCGCCUUCCCCGCCGCGGCGCGAAGUGCCUCUCGCGCAGCUCAUGGACGGACGUGGUCGUGCCCCUCGAACAGGGGCCGCUGCAGCCCUGGGUUUUGACGUCGUGCCGCGCCCCACUGUCGUGCCAAUCGAGGAUGAGAAGGCUACGGAGCCUCAGCCAACGGAGCCCCGCUCCUCAUUGUGGGCUUGGCGCGAACGAUACCGCGCAGCUACACCUCCUGCAGCGCCUGUUGCUGCUGGAGCGUCGGGCUCGCUGUAUAACGAGAUUGCGCUCGGCCCCGCUCCGCAGACGCCCGCGCUGGACCCUCAUAUCACAGACGAUGAAGAUGACUGGGAGCACGUGGACGCCGAAGAGGACACAGUCUUCGGAGAGCUCGAGCUCGACACCGACAUAGAUCAGAACCACGUGCUACCUUCGGGACAGAAGGACACGAAGCUGAUCUCCGACGUAUCCAAGCUUCCGACUCCGGUCCCAAAGACGUAGCGCACAGUCCGAAGGCACGGGAGUGAGCACAAGCCCAGUCAACGCGAAGCCGGAACAGUCGAGGAAGUGUAAGAGGACAAUAGGCCCUGGAGUGGUGGAACGCAACCACUCACGACGACAAG